CUCAGGCUAGUGAGCGGCGGCGGCGGCGGCGCGCCGGCAGCAACAGAAACCGCAGCUGCUCAGCUACAGUCUCCGCCCCCUUCCCGCUCCGGUGACAGUCUCUGCGGAAAGUCGCGUUCGUGGUUUUUGGAGAGCAACGAGUGGGACGACGGCGGUCCAGCCGGGUAGUCCGUGCCAGGCGACGAAGAAACGUUUUCCUGGUGAACCAUUCCUCCUUCCCUUUAGGCAGCCCGCACCCCCAGGGCCUGAAGAUGCUGAGAUCUACGUGGAAUUUUCUGAAACGUCACAAAAAGAAAUGCAUCUUCCUGGGUACGGUCCUCGGAGGAAUAUAUAUCCUGGGGAAAUAUGGACAGAAGAAAAUCAGAGAAAUACAAGAAAGGGAGGCUGCAGAAUACAUUGCCCAAGCACGACGACAAUAUCAUUUUGAAAGUAACCAGAGGACUUGCAAUAUGACAGUGCUGUCCAUGCUUCCAACACUGAGAGAGGCCUUAAUGCAGCAACUCAAUUCUGAGAGCCUUACAGCUCUGCUAAAAAACAGGCCUUCAAACAAGCUAGACAUAUGGGAGGAUCUGAAGAUAAUAAGUUUCACAAGAAGUAUCGUAGCUGUGUACAGUACUUGCAUGCUGGUGGUUCUUUUGCGAGUCCAGUUAAACAUAAUUGGUGGAUAUAUUUACCUGGAUAAUGCAGCAGUUGGCAAAAAUGGCACCACAGUUCUUGCCCCCCCAGAUGUCCAACAGCAAUAUUUAUCAAGUAUUCAGCACCUUCUUGGAGAUGGCCUGACAGAAUUGAUCACUGUCAUUAAACAAGCUGUGCAGAAGAUUUUAGGAAGUGUUUCUCUUAAACAUUCUUUGUCCCUUUUGGACUUGGAGCAAAAACUAAAAGAAAUCAGAGAUCUCGUUGAGCAACAUAAAUCUUCUUCUUGGAUUAAUAACGAUGGAUCCAGAUCUUUAUUGUGCCAUUAUAUGAUGCCAGAUGAAGAAACUCCAUUAGCAGUUCAGGCCUGUGGGCUUUCUCCUAGAGAUGUUACCACUAUUAAACUACUCAAUGAAACUAGAGACAUGUUGGAAAGUCCAGAUUUUAGUACAGUUUUGAAUACCUGUCUAAACCGAGGAUUUAGUAGACUGCUAGACAAUAUGGCUGAGUUCUUUCGACCUACUGAACAGGACCUGCAACACGGUAACUCCAUGAAUAGUCUUUCCAGUGUCAGCCUGCCUUUAGCUAAGAUAAUUCCAAUAAUAAAUGGACAGAUCCAUUCAGUUUGCAGUGAAACACCUAGUCAUUUUGUUCAGGAUCUGUUAAUGAUGGAGCAAGUGAAAGACUUCGCUGCUAAUGUGUAUGAGGCCUUUAGUACUCCUCAACAACUGGAGAAAUGAUUUUUUCCUUCAGGAAGAACUACAGUGGAAUUCAUUUGCUUUAAAAAAUACACUGAAUAAAUCAACUAUAUAGAGGGUAAUGAUUUGGUACUGAAAUGUCUAAUAAAAAUAUAUUCAUAAUCAAAGUCUUCAUUUCAUAAUAAAAUAGAUUUAUUUGGCAUCUUAAUAUAUUUUUUUAAAGUCAUCAACAAACUGGUUUUUGUGGGCAUAUCUGAGUGUACACAGGGCAAAUGUCAGAAUUGUUAAUAAUUUGUUACACCAUGGAUAUUAGUUCCAAACUGAUUAAUGUAGAUACUUCUUUUAUAUAAUAGGAAAUUCAGUAUACUUUGACAUUAAUACUGAGGUAAAAUCUGUUUGGGAAGUAGGUGUGAAGUCUGGAAAAUAAUGCUAUUUAAUCAUUAAGUUCUCUGGACUACAGUAUACAGGAGUGAAUCAGACUUCCAGUUAGUAUUCAAAGGGAUAAGUUAUUUGUCUUAAAUAUACCUGAUUGAGGACUUCGUUUUUUUAGAGAAAUCAGUUAAUUUAGCAACUGUGAUCUGGACUUCCCUGGCAGUCCAGUGGUUAAAACUCCCUGCUUCUCCUUCAGGGGGAACGGGUUCGAUCCCUGAUCCCUGGUCGGGGGAACUAAGAUUUUGCAUGCCGCAUGGCACGGCCAGAAAAAAAUAGGGAACAACUAUGAUCAGCAAUUUUUUUCUUUACUGUUGUUAACAAUCCUUAGGAAACUACAUAUUGAUUUAGGGGCAAAAAUUGUGUUGAUGCCGUUUACUCACAGCUAUGAUUAACUACUGUACAUAGUUUCAUUCAUUUUUUGUAAAUAAUUUUAAUAACUUACUUUGUAUUGAUUUUGAACAGUGAAUCUUAUUGCAAUAAAGUAUUUUAGUAAAA